GCAAACAAACAGAAGCGAAUGUGAAUUUGCCGUCGGUGUUUUCAGGUUUAUUUGCCUUGCCAGCUAUUGUCGGUCUGAGAUUCUGAAGGUUAUUAAUCCGAAAUCAACUUCAGUACACCGAGGAGUAGAUAUUCUGUAAAAGUGUAAACAGAAUAGAUAGAGUAAGUGACGGCUUGAUUUUCUGACCGACAGGAACAUGCUUCUGGAGCAACAAGCAAAUGCUUCUGCGAAAUACUGCUGCUGCUAGCUAGACAAGUUAGUCUAGCCAUCUAACCCUGAGUCUUUAGUGGUCACCGCGCGUGGCUCGCAGCGCAUCGGGGAUAACAUGGAGAAGCCCCACUGAUGCAGAGUCAGAAGAACGGUUUCCGGGAGGAGGAGGGUUCGGGGGAGCGAGGCCUGCUCCAUGCUUGGAAGGGCUACUCCUGCAGCGUCACCCCAGAACGAGUGCUCCUCUCCCGGCCGGUGCUGCAGGCCGCUCUGGGGACCCGGCAUGGAGUGCUACUGGCAGAAGGUGGGCAGGUGUAUAGCUUCGGCGAGUUGCCGUGGAAACCGGACCAGCCGUCGGAGCCUGUGGGGCCGAUCCUGGAGGCGGCCCUCAGCGGUCAGCGCGUGGUCUCUGUGGCGGCGGGCAGCUUCCACAGUGGAGCGGUGACCGAGGACGGGGGCGUGCACAUGUGGGGGGAGAACGCGUUGGGCCAGUGCGGGCUGUCCGGCCGCAACAUGGUGGCCGACCCCACGCCGGUGAGUGUGGUGGACCCCGAGACGAGCCCCCCGCAGGCGGUGCGGGUUCUGGAGCUGGCCUGCGGGGAGCAGCACACGCUGGCCCUCUCUGCCCGCCACGAGGUGUGGGCCUGGGGCAGCGGCUGCCAGCUGGGCCUCGUCACCAGCGUCUUCCCCGUCUCGCAGCCCCAGAAGGUGGAGCACCUGGCCGGCAGGUACGUGCUCCAGGUGGCCUGCGGGGCCUUCCACAGCCUGGCCCUGGUGCGCUGCCUGGCCCCCCAGGAGGCCCGGCGCCCCCCGCAGGACAAGUGCGGCCAGUGCAACCAGCUGCUCUACACCAUGACCGACAAGGAGGACCACGUGAUCAUCUCUGACAAUCACUACUGCCCACUGGGGGUGGAGCUGGCAGAGGCAGAGGGCAGGCAGGCAUCGAGGCAGGGCUCCCCGGCUCCCCGGCUCAGGAGCUCCCCCUCGGAGCCUGUCCUCCCCAGCAUGGCCAAACCCCCUGCCUUCGCUGCGUCCGAGGAGGACCCUCCCACCACAGCAAACGCAUCUGCCCAGUCCACCUCCGAGGACUUGGACGGCACGGAGAAACCUGAGCCGGACGGGGGCGACCCUAAAACUGACCCCGACUCUGCCCCUCUGGCAGACUCCUGUAAAACUCCCUUGAGCAUGGGGACCGGUCCCAAAAACUCGCCCUACCCCGACGAGCAGGCGGUGAAGGAUUACCUGAAGAGGCUGUCAGACCACUCUUUAGCCGAGCAGGUCGGCAAGUCCCCCGUCACGGUGCAGUGCACGCAGCCCCUGGAGGAGUCAGCCGACCCCGACACCCCGGACCCCGACCCCGCAAGCCUUCCUCCCACCACCGUGAGCUCCACCCUCAACAGCCUGGUGGUGUCGUGCGCCUCCGCGGUCGGGGAGCGCGUAGCCUCCACCUACGAGGCCCUCUCCCUCAAGAAGGUGAUGAGCUACUACUACCCCUCCGGGGCCGCGGGGAGCGUCCCGGGGCCCGGCGAGGGCGGCAAGGAGACGCGCGAGGAGCGCGUGCGGCUGGAGGAGUCCAUGCAGGGGAAGAAGAGCUCCAGCCUGGGGGACAUCCGGGAGGAGGAGGCCGAGGGGCUGAGCCGGAGGCUGUCCCUGCCAGGGCUGCUCUCUCAGGUGUCCCCUCGGCUGCUGCGGAAGGUCAGCCGGCCCCGGGUUCGAGCGGUGGCUCUCACACCCACGCCUGUCUUUGAGGCUGAGGACCACCUCCCUUCCUUGCACACGGAGGUGUGGAGCUGGGGGAGGGGCAAGGAGGGGCAGCUGGGACACGGAGACAUCCUGCCAAGGCUGCAGCCCCUGUGCAUUAAGAGUCUGAGCAGUAAGGAGGUGGUGCGGGUAGCUGCAGGGGCCCAUCACUCUCUGGCCCUGACAGCACAAUCUCAGGUGUUCUCCUGGGGCAGUAACAGCUCUGGCCAGCUUGGACAUAUGGACUCCCCCAGCACCGUGCCCAGACUGGCCAAGAUGUCUGAGGGGAUCCGUGUGUGGGACGUGGCGGCGGGACAGCAGCACACCCUGCUCCUGGCGGACGGGGACUGCUUUCAACCCAUCCUGUAUUACUGCGGCCGGCAGGUGAGGGAGGGGGCGCCCGGGAGCCCCCAGUCGGAAUCAGGGGGGUACACCCCACAGGCUGUCCUGCUGCCCUUCUGCAUGCACCUGGGCUACGUGAGCAGCGUGUACGCCGGCGGGCAGAGCUGCCUGGCGCUGGCCGACCGGAAUGUGAUGGGCUUCAUCGCCAGCCUGCAUGAGCUGGCCGCCGCCGAGCGGAAGUUCUACUGCAAGCUGAGCAACGUCAAGAGCCAGAUACUGCGCCCCCUGCUGGGCUUGGAGAACCUGGCCGUCACGCUUGGCCCUACCACCAACCAGUUGCUGCAGGCGCUGGCUGGACACUUCAGCCGGCUGUGCCACCUGACGGGCCAGCAUUCCGUCUCCCUCACCUCCUUCCUGCGCCGCGGCCGAGACGUCAAAGGCCUGGUGAUGCUCGAGCACGCCGCCAUCUUCCUGGACACGUACAAAGAGUACUGUAGCUCUGUGGGGAACUUCCUGGUGAUGGGUGGUUUCCAGGCCCUGGUGAAGCCAUCUCUGGAUUUCUUCGGCAAGAGCCCGGAGCUGCUGCAGCGGCUGGCGGAAACCAGCGAGGAGAACGUUCCCCUGAGUGACCUGCUGGUGGCGCUCUUCUACCUGCCCGUGCGGCACCUGCACGAGUACGGCAGGCUGCUGCUGAAGCUGGCCACCUGCUUCGAGGUGGUGCGUACAGACGGACAGACCCUCUCACACACCAGUACUCGUAGGCAGAAGGAACGACACCCACGGCAUACUCGACACACUUCGAGCACCCUGGACUACCAGAAGCUGCAGGACGGCUGCUCCAAGUACGAAGCCCUGGCCCUCCUCCUGAAGAGGAAGAGGAAGGAAGCGGAAUACACCUACCACUUCUGGAAGAGCUUUCCAGGAAAGAUGACUGAUUCCCUGCGGAAGCCGUCCCGUCGGCUGGUGUGCGAGAGCAGCAACAAGGCCCUGACGCUGCAGAACGCCGGCAGGUUCUCUGUCAACUGGUUCAUCCUCUUCAACGACGCGCUGGUCCACGCUCAGGGCGUGGUCCCCUAUAAGAACUUUUUCUCCACCCACCACGUCUUCCCGCUAGCCACACUGUGGGUGGAGCCCAUCUCCGAGGAAGACACCAGCCUGUACGGGCUGAAGGUGACCUCACCCGAGGAGAGUUUCACUCUUCUGGCGUCCUCCCCCAUGGAGAAGGCCAAGUGGCUACGCGCCAUCAACCAGGCGGUGGACCAGGCCCUGAGCGGGGGCGGGGCCGAGGCGCUGGUCCCGGGCUCGAGCGCGCCGCAGAGGCCCGAGCCACCCAUAUCCCGCACGGCCACCUACACCUUCUACAAGGACAGCCGUCUGAAGGAGGCCACCUACGAGGGCCGCUGGCUGGCCGGCAAGCCACACGGCAAGGGGGUGCUGAAGUGGCUGGAUGGGAGGACGUACACAGGGACCUUCAAGAAUGGGCUGGAGGACGGUUAUGGCGAGUACAUGGUUCCCAAUAAGACCCUGAACAAGAACCACCACUACCAGGGCCACUGGAGGGAGGGGAAAAUGCACGGCUUCGGGACCUAUAAGUACGCCACAGGGGAAGUGUACGAGGGCUCCUUCCAGGACAACAUGCGGCAGGGUCACGGCAUGCUGCGCAGCGGGAAGCUCACCUCUUCCUCUCCCAGCGUCUUCAUCGGCCAGUGGCUGCAGGACAAGAGGACGGGCUACGGGGUCAACGAUGACAUCACCAGAGGGGAGAAGUACAUGGGCAUGUGGCAGGAUGACCAGCGCCAGGGGAACGGUGUCAUCGUCACGCAGUUCGGCCUUUACUACGAGGGCGCUUUCAACAAUAACAAGAUGAUGGGCACCGGGAUCCUGCUGUCAGAGGAUGACACAGCGUUCGAGGGGGAAUUUUCGGAGGACUGGACCCUCAGCGGGAAGGGAACCUUGACCAUGCCCAAUGGGGAUUACUUUGAGGGGACCUUCAACGGAGUGUGGGGCACCGGGCUGAAGGUAUCGGGCUCCUACUACAAACCCAACCUGUACGAGUCCGACAAGGACAAGAACCGGGCUGUUAAGCUGGGGAGCCUGGCUGUGCGCCCGGAGGAGAAGUGGAGGGCGGUGUUUGAGGAGUGCUGGAGCCGGCUGGGCUGUGAGACUCCAGGCCAGGGGGAGAACUGGAAAGCCUGGGAGAACAUCGCCGUAACCCUGACAGCCAACCGCAGACAGCACAGAGACAGCCCGGAGCUUAUGAGCCGCUCCCACAAUAAAACCCUGGAGAGUCUGGAGUUCAUCCCACAGCACGUGGGGCCCGUCACCAUGGAGAAGUACGAGAGCAUCCGGCGCUACCUCAUCAAGGCGUGUGACACCCCUCUGCACCCCCUGGGGCGGCUGGUGGAGACCCUGGUGGCCGUGUAUAGGAUGACCUACGUGGGCGUGGGGGCCAACCGCCGACUCCUGCAGCAGGCCGUCAACGAGAUCAAGUCCUACCUGAGCCGCAUCUUCCAGCUGGUCAGGUUCCUGUUUCCCGACCUGCCUGAGGAGGGGGGCGUGAUCCCCGAAACCACCACGGACUCCCCGGACAGGAGGGGCAGCAGCCCGUCGGACGCGGUCGCCCAGCCAGAGCCGGCCCAGCCAGGGCGGGUGGUGAGCAGCUCCGCCCUGCUGCUGCCCGUGCUCCUGCCGCGCCUGUACCCCCCGCUCUUCACCCUGUACGCGCUGGAGAAAGAGCGCGAGGAGGACGUGUACUGGGAGUGUGUGCUGCGGCUCAACAAGCAGCCGGACCUGGCCCUGCUCGCCUUCCUGGGGGUGCAACAGAAGUUCUGGCCCGUCUCCAUAUCAGUGCUGGGUGAGAAGAAGCAGGUUCUGUCCUGCACCAAGGAUGCCUGCUUUGCUUCUGCCAUCGAGACCCUACAGCAGAUCAGCACGACCUUCACGCCGUCAGACAAGCUCCAGGUGAUCCAGCUGACCUUUGAGGAGAUCACACAGGAAGUGCUGGCUCUGCUGAAGGAGGACUUCCUGUGGUCUAUGGACGACCUGUUUCCGGUGUUCCUGUACGUGGUUCUGCGUGCUCGAAUCAGGAACCUGGGCUCUGAGGUGAACCUCAUCGAGGACCUCAUGGACCCCUGUGUGCAGCAUGGAGAGCAAGGCAUCAUGUUCACCACGCUCAAGGCGUGCUACUAUCAGAUCCAACACGAGAAGGUCACAUAAGGAGACCAGGGUGUGGGCGGUGCACCCCACAUCCUCUUACAGAGCAUCGAUGGACAGAGCGACAGACAGACAGACAGACAGACAGAUGGAUGGAGGGGUAAUCACAGGCCUGAGCGAAUGAGAGAGACAGACAGAUGCUUGCACAGCAGAGGUGAUCCACGUGAAUGACAGGAACACAGCAGGUGGUUAUGAGCACACUGGUUAAGACUCCUGACUGAAGGAAGAGCACCUUCUUUUGUUUGACCCCCUCCGCACACUCCCUGCACCCACACCCUGUUCUCUGGCCCCUGCUGAGAGCAGGAUCACAGCACUACUGAUCCACCGGCUGCUGUUCUUCCCAACGUGGCAGCAGAAGCACAUUUACAUUUAAGCGCACUUCACGACCACGCGGUUCCUACAGCUGGACCUUCUCUGUCUGCCCCUUCACACAAAGACUGCAUGAAGCAGCGGGUCGCAGCUUCAAAUCGAGGAUCUCCUCUGGGACGUCCUGCCCGCCUUUCCUCAAAGGGUUCAUUUCAGCUGAGACGUUGUUGAUGUCGUGUCUGCCCUCCACAACGCCGCAGCAACACUUCAUGCCCUGAAUGAAGGAAGUGACCUCAGCCUCUCUGAGCGUUCUGGAACAGGGUGCGAUGACGUCAUAACGGCCCGUCUGUCUGAGCGUUCCUCCCCUGCUGCUGUGGAGGAGUUUGUCAGGCCCGCGGAAGGUACCGGACAAGCACGGCUCACAGGCGGUUUGUACUGUUGUUGACCACAAACUGUGAUUGUCGCUGUUUCCACUGCUGAGAAAAAAACAUUGUUUAGCACUUACACUGACAUUACAUUUCACCCACAUUAGUAUUAUACUCACAGGUUUAUUUACCUGCACACUGCUAAGCAGGCAAUGAA